AUGUUGGGGGGAGUGGGCAAAACACCUAGAGCUGGAGCUGGUUACCUUGGAGGUGGUGUUCUGGCGAGGGUCCUUCCUGCUCCUUCCUGUACCAUGUACACACACACUCCUGUUUGAGGACACAGGCGUUACCAUUUACACCAGCCUGGAAAGCAAGAUGUUUCUGGAAAGGAAGGUGUGUUGUCAGAUGUGGGACUUGGUUAGAGCUUAGCAAAACUGCAGCAGGGUUGCAGCCAACUUGAGGAAGAGGUUCCACCUCAGCUCUCACAAGGUGACAAUGGCAGUGACUCAGAAUUAUCUGGAGAAUACAGCGUGUGUGGUUUGUGUACAUAUCCUGUACGCUAACAUGUACAUGUAGAAACGGCCACCACACCCUGGGACACGCACUUACCACGUGGAAUGGCAGUUGGUUUUACUUGCUCUAUUUAAAAUGUUAUUUUUUCUGUUCUCUCUUUUUUAAAGCUUUUUUCUACUGCAGCAUCAUUUUGUGUAAAUUAAAUGAGACCACGUGACUUGUUUUCUGGAGUUUUACACCACAUUUGGGAGGCAGUGAAGGCUAAUAGUUUAGAGUGAGCUCUUUUGUUGGACAGACCUAGGUUCAAGUUCUGGCUGUCCAACUUGCUAGUGGGGUGACUGUGGACAUGCUGAUCAGAAGCUCUGUGCCUUCUCUUCCUCAUCUGUAGAGUGGGGACAAAGUGCCCUCCUCAUGGGGUUGUUCCAGGGGUUAAGCUUGACGUAUGUAGAAGCUCAUAGCAGAAUGCAAGGUAAAGAAGCUGCUCCAGGAUCAGUUGCUCCUGUGAUUAUUAUAUCUGGCUUGGGAUCAUCUAUUGCAGCAUUUCUCAGCUGGGGGUGAUUGUGCCCCAGGGUACACUUGGCCACAUCUGGAGGCAUUUUUGAUUGUCACAACUAGGGGGAGGGUGCUGCUGGCCUCUACCGGGUCAAGGUCAGGGAUGUUGCUAAACAUCUUAGGAUGGACAGGAUAGCUCUGCAUGACAGAGGAUUGUUGUUAGUUGCUGUUCAGUUGACUCCAACUCAUGGCGACCCCAUGUACAAAAGAAUGAAAUGUUGCCCAGCCUUAUGUCAUCUUCAUGAUCUUGGCGUGUUUGAGUCCGUAGUUGUGGCCAAUGUGUGUUUUGAGUGCCUUCCAACCUAGGGGGCUCAUCUUCCAGCUCCGUAUUGGACAGGAUUCUGUUGUGAUCCAUAGGGAUUUCGUUGGCUACUUUUCAGACAUAGAUCACCAGGCCUUUCUUCCUAGUCUUAGCCUGAACGCUCCACUGAAACCUGUACAUUAUGGGUGACCCUGCCAGUAUUUGAAAUACCAGUGGCGUAGCUUCCAGCAUCUUAGCAACAUGCAGGCCACUGUACUACGACAAGCUGACAGACAGGUGGUGGGAGGCAAAGAAUCAACCAGCCCAAAAUGUUAACAGCGCCAAGGUGGGGAAGCCAUAAUUUCUUGUUUGGGUGUAGUUGGGCUUAUCUACUUUUUUACUAUCUGUCAGUGGCUGUGUGGCUCUGUGCAUCAUCAUGUGUUUGGAUUUACCUUUCUUUUUUUCGGUAGUUAGCCUCUGUUGGCCCAGCUACUGUUGCUUUCCGUUUGAGGUAUAUCUACUCCCCCUCGUCCUCCACCCCUCAGAUUUUUUUAUUCAGGCUCUCUGGUCAAGUGACCUCAGCAGAUCAUCUUCCCCCGCUGAUGUUGAUUUUGUUUUUGUCUUUGGUUUGUGACUUAGGAGAACCCUAUGUGUUACAGAGUAGAAACUGCCCCGAAGGGUUUCUUGGCUGUAAUCUUUAUUAAAGCAGAUUGCUAGGCCUGUUUCUUACACAGUACCUACUGGGUGGGUUCAAACUGCCAACCCAGCUGUGUGCACCACCCAGGGACCUUCACCCUCCCCCUCUGGACUUUAGCCUUUGCUAAUUUAGCAAGUGCUCUGAGCUCUUCUCUGGGCCUGGCCUUGCACUGGGUCCUGGGGAACCAGCCCCUUCAAGGGCGUACGGAUGACUAAACAGGCAAAUUGCAUCACUGAGCACCCAGGUGCUGGCUGAGGGGUGGCCAUGGACACAGGCCCCCAGUGAUAUCGUGGGGGGGGCGGUGGCUUCCUGGAGGAGGUGCCUGGUCAGAGAACUAGAGGAGAGGCAGAGGGAGCUGCACGUGCAGGGCAGAGAGGAAGGGAUGCGUGCGGCUGAAUUUUGAGAGCCAUGUGGCUUGCAGCAAGAGAGAGGUGAGAGGCUUGGAGGCUCCGGUGGGUUGCCUUCCCCAACUGCCUGGCACAUGGCUUGUUGGCUGGGGGACAUAAUCCCCUUCCCACCCCAAACCCAGUGUCUUCCUUUGAGCACCAGCUUUGUGGGUCCUUCGCUGGGAAGUGCUGCCUGAUGGUAGCCCUGUGAGGGGUUUCAUAGAUGGGGAGACAGAGGCCAGUGGUGCUCUGCCACCUGUUGUAGAUUGAGUUUGGGCAGGUGAGAUUUGCCGCACCCAGACCUUCCUGACUUAACUGCCCUGGAGGCUCCUGAGGCUGUAGCACUCUGUCCGCUCUGCUUUUCCAAGGGCUCUCCGUCUUAGAGUAUAUUCUUUGAUCUUGUCUUUUUUCCAAACCCGUGGCCAAUGCAAGAGAUGAGUCCAGAAUGUGAACAUUGGAAUCCCCCCUACCAGUUCUCAGCAGUUGCUUCUGUCUCCCAAUUUCUUCAUCCCCUGGGGUCAGGCAGAGCUGGCACCUCCCCUGGGAAGGUGUGAUCCAGAAGGCAUAGGGGAGGUACCCCCUAACGGGGAAUGACCCCCGUCCCCAGGCUUUUUAAAGCCUCAAGGCUCCCAGCCCCAGCCUGGUCUCAGCUUGUCAUUCUGUGUAACCUUGGCCAGGUCCUUUUGCUCCUCUGGCCUCAGUGACCCCUUUUCAUUAGUGGCUGUCCCCGAUGCCUACCUUGCCAGGGUGGUGGCAGCCCCAUGGGCCCUAACUUGGAAGUUGCUGGGGUCGUUGUUCCAUCCCAUGGGAAGCCCCUUCCAGUCCUGGCAUUGGCAUCGGGUGACCUGACCUCCCCUCAGACCCUGGGUGCUGGCUGGGUGAGGGGGAAGUUGGCGGGAGGCUCUCCUGCCAUCCUCUGAGCUGCCCUGCUGCCGCCGGGCCCUUUAAGGGGCUGGGCCCAGGCUGCCGUCCGCUGCAAGCAGGUUCUCUUCCCCGCACUUGGACUUGCCCAGCCAGUUUCUAAUUAGAGCGGCAGCCCGUGGGCCUGUCAUCUCUGCAGUGGAGGCGGAUGAGUGGCCUGCGGUGCCCUCUCCUGAGGCCCAAACUGGCCUUCUCUGCCCUCUGAUCCCGCUUGCCGAGGCAUAGGGCCCUUCAGGUGGCCUGUCCUGGGAGGCCCUCCCAGCGGCCUCUGGGCCCUUCACCCCCACUUCCGGGUGCCUUGGGGCCAGGGCAGGAAAGACGGGUGGUGGGGAAGAAUCGGCUGGGUUCCCUGGCAGCCAGAGCUGUGUUUGGACUACAGCAGCCAGCGGGACGGCUCUUUGGGAGCUGUAGCUAGGCCCUGCCUGAGCCUGGGGCAGGGCCUGCAGGCUCCAGAGAAGAAAGGCAGCUGGUGUUGAAGGCCUCAGGAAACAAAGCAGGAGGAGGAACGAGAGGUGAUGGUGAGGACCUGGCAGAGGGAGAGUUACAGAGGGCGCCAUGUUCUGGAAGUUUGACCUACAUACAAGCUCGCACAUCGACACGCUUCUGGAGCGGGAGGAUCUGAGCCUACCUGAGCUGUUGGAUGAGGAGGACGUGCUGCAGGAGUGCAAGGUCGUCAACCGCAAGCUGCUCGACUUCCUGCUGCAGCCACCCCACCUGCAGGCCAUGGUGGCCUGGGUCACCCAGGAGCCACCAGCCAGUGGCGAGGAGCGCUUGCGCUACAAGUACCCAAGUGUGGCGUGCGAGAUCCUGACCUCAGAUGUGCCCCAGAUCAACGAUGCCCUGGGAGCUGAUGAGUCCCUCCUAAACCGGCUCUAUGGCUUUCUGCAGAGCAGCGGCAGCCUCAAUCCGCUGCUGGCCAGCUUCUUCAGCAAGGUCAUGGGCAUCCUCAUCAAUCGCAAGACUGACCAGCUUGUGUCCUUCCUGCGCAAAAAGGAUGACUUUGUGGACCUGCUUCUGCAGCACAUUGGCACUUCGGCCAUCAUGGACCUGCUGCUGCGUCUGCUCACCUGUGUGGAGCGGCCCCAGCUGCGGCAGGACGUUGUCAAUUGGCUCAAUGAAGAGAAGAUUGUGCAGCGGCUGAUCGAGCUGAUCCACCCGUCUAAAGACGACAAUCAACAUUCCAACGCAUCCCAAUCCCUGUGUGACAUCAUCCGUCUGAGCCGAGAGCAGAUGAUCCAGGUGCAGGACAGCCCGGAGCCCGACCCACUGCUGGUUACCCUUGAGAAGCAGGAGACGAUCGAGCAGCUUCUGAGCAACAUGUUUGAAGGCGAGCAGAGCCAGUCUGUCAUCGUCAAUGGGAUCCAAGUGCUGCUGACGCUGCUGGAGCCCAGGAGGCCCAGGUCCGAGUCCAUGACCAUGAAUAACUUCUUCUGCAGCGUAGACGGGCAGCUGGAGCUGCUGGCCCAGGGCACCCUGGAGAGCCCUGCAUCCAGCAUUGGUGCCCUGCAUGCCCUGCGGCCACGGCUCACCCACUUCCACCAGCUGCUGCUUGAGCCACCCAAGCUGGAGCCGCUACAGACGACGUGGGGCAGCCUGGACCCUCCACUAGGGAACACGCGGCUGCAUGUGGUCAAGCUCCUGGCCAGCGCCCUGAGCGCCAACGACAUGGCCCUGACACAGGAGCUCCUGGCACUGGGUGUGCCCAACACCAUGCUGGAUCUCUUCUUCCGCUAUGUCUUCAACAACUUUCUGCAUGCUCAAGUGGAAAUGUGUGUGAGCGCCAUGCUGAGUGCAGGACCCCCUCCUGACAGCAGCCCCGAGACCCCUGUCCCUAAUCCUGCCGUCAAACACCUGCUGCAGCAGUGCCGCCUGGUGGAGCGCAUCCUGACAUUCUGGGAGGAGAAUGAUCGCGUGCAGUCCGGGGGAGGCCCACGGAAAGGCUACAUGGGCCACCUGACACGGGUGGCCAACGCCUUGGUGCAGAACACAGAGAAGGGUCCCAAUGCUGAGCAGCUGGGACAACUGCUGAAGGAGCUGCCCGAGGAACAGCGGGAACAGUGGGAGGCCUUUGUGGCGGGGCCGCUGAUGGAGACCAACAAGAAGAACACAGUGGAUCUGGUGAGCACCCAUCCCCUGCACUCCUCCAGCGAUGACGAGGAUGACCGGCUAAAGGAUCUCAGCUUCCCUGAGGAGGCCGUGCUGCAGCAGGCCUUCAUGGAUUUUCAGAUGCAACGCAUGACCUCAGCUUUCAUCGACCAUUUUGGCUUCAAUGAUGAAGAGUUUGGGGAGCAAGAGGAAAGUGUGAACGCGCCUUUUGACAAGACAGCCAAUAUCACCUUCUCCCUCAACGCCGAUGAUGAUAAUCCCAACUCCAACCUGCUCGAGAUUUGCUACAAGGACCGCAUCCAGCAGUUCGAUGAUGAUGAGGAGGAAGAGGACGAGGAGGGCCAGGGCUCCGGGGAGUCAGAUGGCGAGGAUGGUGCCUGGCGGGGCGGCCAGCUGCCCAGGGGCGCCCGCCUCGGCCAGCACCAGAGUGUCCGGAGUGGAGGCAGCACAGACAGUGAGGAAGAUGAUGAGGAAGAGGAGGACGACGACGAGGAAGAUGCCGACAGCCACACGGUCAGGGGAGGGGCUAGUGCCCCCUCCUACCUGAGCCCCAGCCCCCAGCCUGUGGCACCACCACCCCAGGGCCCUGGCUGGACGGCCACCUUUGACCCAGUGCCUACUGAAGCCUCCACAGGCCCCUGCAUCUCCGGGGGUGAAGAGCCCAGGCCCAUGGCCCCCCAGGGGCCUUGUGAUGGUCCCCAGAGCCCACCUGCCCCAAGCCUGGCUGUCCUUCCAGCCAGCGAAGGCCUGCAGGUUAGGUCUGAGGACCCUGCAGCCCCUUCAGCACCUCAGGAAGCCUCCACUGGUAGCAGUGUUGCAGAGCCUGUGGUGCAACCAGAGACCCCUCUACCUCUGUCCCAGCCACCGGCGCCCAGCAGGCCCCCGAGACCACCGAGGGGGAGAAGAAUCCAGCGCCCUUGGGGCUGCCUCAAAGCCAGAGUGCCCAGCCCCUCCAGCCGCCUCAGAUGCCCAGUGGCUCCACCCCAGGCGGGCCUAUGGCCCCGGUCUCCCAGUGACAGCCUGGUCCUGGCGGUGGCGGCGGUGGCCAUAGCGCCCAUACUCCCAUGGACUCUGCCCGGGGUGGGGGCAGGGCCGGGUCCUGGGCCCCCACCCCCCCGCCCCCACCCCAUCAACCCUCACCCACAUUCUCUCUCUGGGCUCCCAGGAGCUGGUGUCCGAGGGAGACCGCCCACCCCAUCCCCAUUUGCACUGAAAAUUGUUGGAGUUUUGCCUCCUAGAAUAAAAAUAUAGAGAGUCGACUAGAGAACGAG